GAAGAUCUCCCAGUACCACACUUAACGAUUCCAUCAAGUUCCAGCAGACCUCUUCUACUCCGCCCGGACCUCGCGGGAGUGAAGGACGCGGUGCACACUGCAAUCGCGUCUCUUUCUUUAGUUAAUCAUGUACUGUCACACGUACCGCUGCAGACCAAUAGCAUCACAUGGAGGUUGCCAAAUGAAAAAAGGACAUCUGACUGCAUCUCCGGACAAGAUAUAGAACGAAGAGGAAUCGAGAAGAAACGUAGAGAAGGAAGAUGUUUUGCUUUUUUAUUUUUUUUUAUUUAUAGCAUUUGAGUUGCAUGUUUCUGCACAAUGGAAGGAAUCCGAAGACCGCCGAAAAGCCACGAACGCGCGCGCGCGCGCACACACACACACACACACAAAGGCGGUGUGUGGCGACAGCGCAACCCACCGCACCACUGUGCCGCUCUAACAGGCGAUGCAAAUAUCUACAUGGCAUUUCAUUAAAUGUGACGAAACCCCCUUUACGGCACCGCGGUGCCUGACCCUUUCGCACAGUGCUGUAUGUUGACCAGUAAUGCAUUUUAUCAGCAAUACCUUCAUUUGAGAAUUUCAUUUUAUUAUACUUUGAUUUUAACUAUACUGUCAAUUGAUUAUUACACCUCCACCACAAUCAAAUGUAAAUGUUUUUGUCCUUAAAAAGCAUAAAUGGAUGUUUAUUGACAUAAUUAUAGCAUAGUUUGGGUACCGCAAGCUACUUUCAAAUAUACUUCUACCCAGUUAUUAUCGCAUACUGUAAAGCGUCGACUCGUCUGUUUAAACUUUAUUCAUAUAACAUACAAACAAUAAUUUAAAAAUCACUUGAUGGAAACCUUUGCUUUUGAACAGAUUUUUGAACAUUGCCAUUUUCGUAUUUCGUACAGGGUCCAGGACUGCUUCUCAAUUAAGUAGGCAUGAUUUGUAGAGAAUUUCACACGUCGCAUUACAGUAGCUAAUGAACAGUUAACUUUUCCUAACAGUUUCCUAACCAGCUCCGCGGCUCCACGCCAUUGGCCGGCGCGGCCGCGUCACCCAGGCGCCUCCGCUUCAGCAAACGCGCCGCGCCGGGAGCGGAAGUGCGCGGAGUACGUGGCGGAGGAGGGUUUGCUCGCUGUCAGGCAGUGCACGGUUUUGGUCACUGGUUCAGCCGACCGUGUUUCCCCUCCUCUGUGGGCUGGUGUGCAGGUGUUGUGCCAAACUGAGUGUUUAAAUGGAAGGGACGGGCUAGGCGUCUGUAAUGCUGCGCCGGUUGCGGGUGUCACUUCGGCAGCUGGGGAAUCAGAUGGCUCGAAGACCCGAUCUUCUUUGUGGAGCCAUCGUGCUGGGCUGCCUUUUUGUUGUCACUAUAAAAUUCACUUGCAGUAGCCGUGCGAAGAAUGUGGUUGCCCCUGCACGGCCUCCCCGCCGCUUCUUCUCGCCCGAUCCUCCGGUGGUAGACCUUUUCCUGGGGCAGCUGGACCAGGUGGACCGGUUACGGAGCGCGGCUGAGAUCUCCCUAAUCUUCUUCUACGCCCCCUGGUGUGCGCACUCCAUCGCCGCUCGGGAAGAGGUCCAGCAGGUCGCCAGGAAGCUUUACAAAGAGGUCCUAUUUAUAGCUGUUAACUGUUGGUGGAACCAGGGAAAAUGCCGAAAGAACCAGAGCUUCUAUCAGUACCCAGUGAUACACCUGUUUUACCGAAGGUUUGGGCCUAUUGAGUACAAGGGACCCUUCAUGGCCGCCUACAUGGAGAAGUUCAUCCGGAGGGUUAUCACCCCUCUGACAUACCUGCCUUCACGAGCAAUGUUGCAAGACUUCCUCUCUUAUCAUGAGCCAGGAGUGGUGGGUUAUUUUGAGUUCAAUGCUUCACCACAGCCUCCUGGAUACAUCGUAUUCUUGACGUCAGCAUUACAGGCUUUGAAGAGAGAUUUCCAGGGAGUGGUGCGCUUCGCAGUGGUGACAAGCAAGCCGGUGGCGGAAGCGAUCGCGGUGCAGGAAGACGGGACGGUCUACAUGCACCGACACUUCAACACGUCGCUUAUUUUCCCACGGGCAGAGAGGAACUUCACGUCGGAGAAUAUCUGUGGCUGGGCGUACGAGAACAGGGAGAGCGUUCUGCAGUGGCUCCGCCCCCAUGGGGCCAAGAGCCGCCUCCUGGAGCAGGAGCUGAGCAAGGGCCCGGCGCUGCUCGCCUUCCUGCCCUUCGACCCACUGGCCCCCCACCAGCCCCUGGUGCGGCAGAUCGCUGAAGUCGCCCUGCAGUACCACGCCUGCAACCACAGCGACGGGGCGGAGCAAGAUGGCAUGGGGCAGUUACAGGGGACCCAGAAUUCUGUCGCCCCCUGCUGCAACACGGUGGUACUGCCUCACUGGAACGCCAUGGCGCGCAUGCAUAACGUGUGCGAGCUGUGCCUGAAGGAAUCGGCGGGCGUGUGGCCCAGUGCCAUCCGAACUGCCCACUGUCCCUUCCACCACAUGGGGGCAGCACUGGAGUCCUUUCACCUCAUGCGACGCACCUUCGCCCACCUAAUGAUGCACGGUGCGGCCUGCAGCAAUGUCGUCGCCUCUUAUAGCCCGUUCAGCCGCUACAGCGCGUGCUGCAAGACCCUGGGGCUCCCUCCCCCCCCGCCGCCUCGAACUCGAGACUCGGGGGUCCCUUCCGACGGGGAGCCUUCUCUCCUGGGCCUCAUGGGUCUCAGAUGCAGGACUAACAAAACACUGCGCUUCUACCUGCUGGACUCCCACCUGCACUGGAAGCUGGCCGAGCGGCUGGGGGCCCCCAGGGCCGACGGGCGGCGCCUCUUCCUGACCAUAGUGAACCUUCCGGAAGAGACCCAUUACAUCUCGGACCUCAACAGCACACUCAGCGACACUCUAGAUCACUUCAUACAGAACUUCAGCGUCCCAUACAGCCCGCUGACGCGGCACCUGGUGGGCAGCCCUGUGCCAAAGUCCCCCUCGUCCUUAAUCAGGGAAGUGACAACAGCCUCGUUCCUCAGCACAGUCAUGGAUCCUCAGAAGGACGUGCUCCUCUUCUACUACACACACUGGUGUGGCUUUUGCACAGUCCUCAACCACGUCCUCAUCCAGCUCGCACAGCUGUUCCGGGGAAACGAGAAGUUUACAGUAGCCCGAGUCAACGUCGCUCAGAACGAUCUGCCUUGGGAAUUUAUGGUGGACCACUUCCCAGUCUUCCUGCUCUUCCCCAGGGACAGGAAGCACCUGAGUGUCAAGUUCCCUGACGACCUCCCCAUCACGCUGCCCAACUUGGUGCGCUUCCUGCUGCGUCACGCAGGUGACGUGCCGCGGCGCGGAGGCUGGGCGGGGUCGGACCGGGGCGGCCUGCUGGAGGUGGAGCUCCGCCGGCUGCGGGAGGAGGUGGAGGCGCUGCGGAGGGCCCGGGAGCAGCUCUCCCAGCAGCUGUCCCAGCUGUGGCAGGAGAAGCGGAGGCUGGCACUGCACGCGCGGGACCUGGAGUCGCGCAACGCCGAGCUGCGCGAGCGAGGGCGCCACCUAGAGGAGCUAUACCGCGAGAAGAACCGGCAGCUCCUGGACGCCGCCGGAAAGCUGCAGGCGCUGGCCGACGCCUCGCAGAACCUGAUCACCGAAAACGCCCUGCUCAAGGUCCUCAUGGCUUCCAUGAGGGAGGAGGUGGUUCUGGAGCCACGGGGGGACGACGGCGCCCCCUAAAGGGCAAAGCAUGACCUCAGCACCCAGGAGGACUCCUGAUGCUUCCGGAACAGACUGUUUCACGAUGGGCUGCUGACACCCGAGAUGUAUAUCUGGAAAUUAUUUAUGUCUGCUUGGGUUAUCAGUUUGGUUUUGUUUUUCUUCCACGGUGAUUUUUUUUUAUGUUCCUUUGUUAAUUUAACAAAAAAAAAUCUAUUUUUACAUAAAUCACUAGGCAACUUUUUGGGUAUGUCUGCAGGCAAAAUGCUGCAUUUGUUUACAUGAGGAAUAUUGCACAGAUUUCUACUGAUUAAACCGUUUAAUCUAUGCCAGUGUUUGUAGAAGAAUGAUCUGAUCCCUUGUUUAUAAAUGUCGUUUUUAUCAACUUAA